ACUGCUGUCACCGUGAUAAAAACUUUGAUACGCUUUAUUUACAUACAUUUUUCGGUGCAAAAUUUGCCUAGCUGUGUUGAAUGCGAACAUUUUUUUGCGAUUUCGAUUUCUAUAUACCUUUUUCCGAUGGCUGCAGGAUGUAGCAAAUCGUUCAGAUCCAAGUACGAAGAGGAGUUGCACUACGAUGUAGAAUAUGAGGAUUUUUGCAAGAAUUUUGAAUUUUCGAACUCUUCGUCCUGUUGGAUUUGCAACGGAUAUUACGGACCAAGUUAUGGGGAACCGUUGUGUGGCACAUGCCAUGCGUUCAUAUUCCCGAAUCAUCCAAACGAGGAGGCUGAGGGUUUGGUUACCAAGUUGUCCGAUGAUGAAGAUUCCGGAAAUGAUGAACCACCGGAGAAUGGCUCGGAAGCUAAGGAUCGGGUCGAUGACGACGAACUGGAUUAUGAUUUGGAUAGACCACGUCCGUCUGCUCCGAGAAAUUUAAAUCAAUACUUGGAUAUGCUUUCGCAACCCCGUGAUUCAGAUGAAUCUCAGCAGAAAAUUUGUUCUCUUCCGGUAGAAGUUCUCCUGUCGAUAUUUUCAUACCUGGAUGAUUUAUCACUGUGGAAUGUGAGCGAGGUGUGCAAACAGUGGAAGCGUAUCCUGGAAGUCCACACUCCCCAGCAGAUGUGGAGGAAGUACACAAAGGAACGGUGGCCUCUGUUUCAGCAGAUCUCCACAAUUCCCAACUGGUUGCAUAUGUAUGGUGCACUUAUGAAUUCCUGCUUCUGCCGGACGUGUUUAAUUCAAAUGGCCAUGAAGACACCGAUGCGUGGACGAGUGAAUCACAUUCGGGCAAACCGACUGCGAAGCGAUAUCCGUUCACUAGAUUUGGAUGCGACCGAGGGAAUCGAUGCAGUUGCUCUGGACAAUCAGUUAUUCCAUUGGCAGGCUUCGAUUCUUGGUCCCGCCGGAAGUCCAUACGAGGGAGGAAAAUUUUUCCUUUACAUUGUCAUCCCUUGCUCGUAUCCUAUGCUUCCGCCCCAAGUUCGAUUCCUGACGAAGAUUGUUCAUCCGAACGUGUCACGUCAUGGUGAUGUCGGAAUUGAUAUUAUCCAACACAACUGGUCACUGGCCUUGACGAUUUCGAAGCUGCUGCUCUCUGUGCAGAGUCUUCUGACGGAUCCAUUCACUCAGAUCUGUAUGGAACCGGAACUUGGUCGAAUGUACGAAAAUGAUCGACCAAAAUUCGAAGCCCUCGCAAGGCGAUGGACUUGGAAGUAUGCCAUGUAUGAAGUACUGCCACCAUUGGAAUUUUGAAGCGACGCGUUUGUAACAAACGGUACGAUAUUUAUUGACGAUUGUCCCAGGUGAAAUUAGACUAAGAAUUGCAUAACUCAAAACACUACACAUACAAUCUAGACCCGAUUCAUUGGAAGAUAAGAGAACAGGUCCGCUUCUUUAUCAAAGAUGCGCUUCUGUUGGUGAACUUAAUUCCUCCAGUUUACUACCAGUUAGGUACUGGUGACACGGUUCUCUAUAGGUAUAACGUUAGUUGUCUAGUAGUGCACUAGUGAAGCUCAGCUGUCAGCUUAUCGCUGAGGGUAUGAUUUAGAAAUUACUCAACCAAAAUUAUUUAUACCGUAAUAAUUCUUUUAAGUGAUAUAUUAUUUUCGACAGUUGCAACAUUCGUAUAACGACAUAAUGUAACUAACAAACGCUAUCGAAUAAUUCUCUUCGUGAAAGAUGGACCUGAAUAUGAUUACCUAAUGAUUCCUAUUGUUUAAAUCGCAAGCGAAAUAGCUGCGCCCACUGAUCCGAAGACCACAGGAUUCAUCGAUGUGACUGAAUAAAUUGAUACAAGAU